AUGAAGAUCUCAUCUGUCUUUGUUUGCCUGAUCCUGUCUCUGACUUUGUGGGUGGUGAACUCAGCUAUUGCCCUAAAUAGUUCUGGGGAUGUUCUGAAACAAAGCACUGACCUUACAGAGGAAAGAACCGGUGCUGAGGGCAGCACUGAGGCCUCAUCUGUGAAAUGUAAACUCCAGGCUACCAAUCGUCUACCUGCAUUCUCAAUGGAUGGUGACUAUGUAAUUGGGGGUGUUUUUUCUAUACACUACUACAAGCACACAGUGAAUCAUAACUAUACCACCAAGCCUGAGCCACAAAGGUGCAAAGGGAGCAUUGACUACAGUGAAUUGCGCUACUCACGCGCAAUGGUAUUUGCCAUUGAGGAGAUUAACAACAGCACAGAGCUGCUGCCAGGCAUCACACUCGGUUAUCAGAUCCACGACUCUUGUGCCUCAGUGCCCAUUGCAGUGCAUGCUGCAUUCCAACUUUUAAAUAGUCUGGAUCCGGUGUUUUAUACUGGUCACAAAUGCUCACAAUUUGGUAAGGUGAUGGCUAUCGUUGGUGAGUCUGGGUCCACACUAUCAAUCAGCAUGUCGCGCAUCUUUGGGUCCUUUAACAUUCCUCAAGUGAGUCACUUUGCAACGUGCGCAUGCCUGUCUGAUAAGCAGCAAUACCCAAGUUUCUUCAGAACAAUCCCCAGUGACCAGUUUCAGGCUGAUGCACUGGCCAAGCUGGUGAAACACUUCGGCUGGACUUGGAUAGGUGCUGUUCGGUCAGAUUCAGACUAUGGCAAUAAUGGCAUGGCGUCUUUCCUGAAAGCAGCGCAGAAGGAGGGGAUCUGUGUGGAAUACUCUGAAUCUUUCUAUCGGACCCACCCACGUAGCAGGAUUCAGAGAGUUGCUGGCAUUAUCCGCAGGUCAACAGCUACGGUUGUUGUGGCAUUUGUAGCUGUUACAGAACUGAGCAUCCUGUUGGAGGAGCUGUCACUCGAGCCUUCUCCACCUCGCCAAUGGAUAGGCAGUGAGUCCUGGGUAACUAACCAUGACAUGCUGAGGUUCAGUUUCUGUGCUGGAGCCGUUGGAUUUGGCAUUCAGAAAUCUGUCAUCCCAGGUCUACGAGAAUUCUUGCUGGAUCUCUCUCCCUCUAACGUGGCUGCCUCUCCAGUGCUUACUGAGUUCUGGGAGGAUGCAUUCAACUCCAUGGAGAAGAGAGUGUGUGAUGGAACAGAAGACAUACAGACUGUCCAAAACCCAUACACUGACACAUCUCAGCUCCGCAUCACUAACAUGGUAUAUAAGGCUGUUUAUGCAAUAGCUCACGCCAUUCAUAAUGCAGUGUGUCAGGACACAAAUGCUACAGCUCAGUGUGACAAAUUCACAAGGAUAGAGUCCAAUAAGGUUCUUACUCAGCUGAAGAAAGUAUAUUUUUCGCAAAAUGGUUAUGAUGUGUCAUUUGAUGCCAACGGGGAUCCUGUGGCCAGAUAUGAGCUGGUUAACUGGCAAAAAAGUGAGAGUGGCAGCAUUGAGAUGGUGACAGUAGGGCGCUAUGAUGCAUCACUGCCGGAGGGUCAGGAGUUCAGCAUCAAUAGAAACCUCACCUGGGUGGAUGGUGGCACACAGGUGCCGGUGUCAGUGUGCAGUGACAGCUGUCCUCCAGGAACUCGUAAAGUGCUGCAGAAAGGAAAACCCAUCUGCUGUUACGAUUGUAUACCGUGUCCUGAGGGAGAGAUAAGCAAUGCAACAGAUUCCACUGAUUGUUUCCCUUGCCCCAAGGAGUUCUGGCCUACUACAAAGAGAGACACAUGUUUUCCUAAGCCUGUAGAGUUUCUUUCCUUUGACGAGGUCCUAGGAAUCAUCCUGGCCGCUUUCUCAGUUGGUGGUGCCUUUCUGGCCAUCAUAACAGCAGCUGUGUUCUUUUGUCACAGAACAUCCCCGAUUGUCAGGGCCAACAACUCUGAGCUGAGCUUCCUGCUGCUCUUCUCCCUGACUCUGUGUUUCUUAUGUUCAUUAACCUUCAUUGGAGCACCCUCUGACUGGUCCUGCAGGCUGCGCCACACAGCAUUUGGGAUCACCUUCGUCCUCUGUAUCUCUUGUGUUCUUGGAAAAACAAUAGUAGUGUUAAUGGCCUUCAGAGCUACACUCCCAGGUAGUAAUGUUAUGAAAUGGUUUGGUCCUCCACAGCAAAGGAUGACUGUAAUGUCAUUCACAUUCAUUCAAAUUCUAAUAUGUACCAUUUGGUUGCUUCUUCGUCCUCCUUUUCCAAAGAAAAACCUCACAAUAUACAAGGAGAGAAUCAUCCUAGAGUGUGCAUUAGGAUCAGCUAUUGGGUUUUGGGUUGUACUUGGGUACAUAGGCCUACUGGCUGUCUUUUGCUUUGUCUUGGCUGUCCUAGCUCGGAAACUACCUGAUAAUUUCAAUGAAGCUAAGAUGAUCACCUUCAGCAUGCUGAUAUUCUGUGCAGUCUGGAUCACCUUUAUUCCAGCAUAUGUCAGCUCUCCUGGAAAAUUUACUGUGGCUGUGGAGAUAUUUGCCAUUCUGGCCUCCAGUUUUGGACUGAUACUGUGUAUAUUUGCUCCAAAGUGUUUCAUCAUAUUGCUCAAGCCAGAGAAGAACACCAAAAAACAUUUAAUGAGCAAAAAUCAAUUCUAA